CCCCGAUCCAACUCGCCGGCGGCCAUGUCGCAGCCGGCUGCCGCCGCCGUCGCGGCGCAGCCGCAGGGGCAGGCCCCGGCCGGGCGGCAGGGAGGCGGCAUAGGGCAGAGCCUCGCCGGCAUCGUGCGGAUGGCCGUCUUCUGGUACUUCGCCUCCAAGUUCUUCGGGCCCAAGCGCGCCCCCACGGACCCCGGGAUGGUCAUGUCCAACCUCUUCCAGAAGGGAGAGCCCAUGGAUAUGUGGAUGUAUUUAUCUGAGAACGAUAAAUUUAACGACUUCAGCAAUGAAGAAGCACUCGUCUGGCAUGAAACAAACAUACCAUAUGCAGUCUGGAGUCCUACCAGUACCAGAACGCACUCACUGACAUACUAUCCAUCAGAGGCUCUCAAGCACAAUGGAUCUCUGUAUGCUCAUGUUUACUUUGCACGCUCGGGUUACCCUGUGGACCCUACUGAUCCUGAAUAUGAGCAAAAAUCUGCAUUUGGAAGGACACAUCCUAUUGUGGCAUACUUGCGGAAAUCAAAAACUGGUAAUAAGAAGAGCUUGCUUGGAGAUUCGAAUGAGUCUGAGGAAAUACCACCGUCUAAGGAGAACAUAGAAUCCGAAGACAAAGAGGAGGGCCCAGUCGAAUAUAUUUCUUACUGGAAACCAAAUGUGACAAUAAAUCUCGUCGAUGACUUCACACGGUAUCCCCAGAACAGUAUUCCUCCAAAUGUUGCUCCAUAUUUGAAUGUGGAUCCAACUACAAGCAGCUACUAUCCCACUGUAUUCUUCAAUGAAUUUUGGCUGCUGAGAGACAAAUUGACAGCACUCAAUGAGACUGUGAAGGAACUGACCUUAAACCUUGAAGUUAGUCCUAUUAGCAUGACCAAGUGGCAAUUAUUUCUACAGAUUGAGCAGUCUUUCCAAGUUCAUCGUAGCUAUGGAAGUAUGCUUGAAGGCGAGGCUGAUGAACUCAAGAGGGUUUUCCUUGAAGGAAAUCCAUAUCUCCUCGGAUUGACCAUGAUUGUAUCUUUGUUCCACUCUCUGUUUGAUUUCCUGGCUUUCAAGAAUGAUAUCCAGUUUUGGAAUAAGAACAAGUCCAUGGAAGGUCUAUCGGCAAAAUCUGUUGUUCUGAACUUCAUUUGUCAGCUGAUUAUUUUCUUGUACCUGCUUGACAAUGAUACUUCAUGGAUGAUCCUUGCUAGCUCUGGAGUAGGUGUGUGCAUUGAAUUUUGGAAGAUCGGGAAAGCGAUGCAUGUCGAGAUCGACAGAAGUGGAAAGUUUCCCAUGCUGAGGUUCCGGGACCGUGAGUCAUACGCACAGAAUAAGACAAAGGAGUAUGAUGCGAUUGCAAUGAAGUACCUUACCUAUGUACUUCUCUUCCUUAUGGUUGGCUUCGCUCUGUAUUCACUGAAGUAUGACAAACACAAGAGCUGGUACUCAUGGAUACUCUCUUCCCUCACAAGUUGUGUUUACAUGUUUGGUUUUAUCAUGAUGUGCCCACAAUUAUUCAUCAACUACAAGCUACAGUCUGUCGCUCAUAUGCCAUGGAGACAGAUGACCUACAAGUUUCUCAACACUAUAAUCGACGAUCUUUUCGCAUUUGUUAUUAAGAUGCCAUUGUUGCAUCGUCUCUCAGUUUUCAGAGAUGAUAUUAUCUUCUUGAUAUACCUCUACCAGAGGUGGGUAUACCCAGUUGACAAGAAGCGUGUCAACGAGUUUGGCUUCGGAGGGGAAGAAGAACCAGCAGCGCCCCAAACAUUGGAAGGAACAGCAGGGGCAACCCAGCAGAUCGAGGGCGAGGCUGAAACCAGCACAGAGGAUAAGAAGACGAAGUGAACGUAUGUCGGGUCCGCUCGACACAGACACAUGUUGGCAGCACUAGCCAUUUCUGACACCGGGCACAAGUUUUCGGUCUGCCAAUUCGGACUGGCUUCACGCGUUGCUGACCAUAAGAAAAAGAUGUAACAGGUUUAGAGUGGGCGCAUCGACGCAAACACACACGUAGUCUUUGUGCCAUUUUUUUUUGAGUUUGUUUUUUAUUCUUAACAACAGCAGUUUCUAGAUGGAUCUUCAGGAUGCUUGUUUAGACAUGUUCAUGUAUAAGUUUUGCCUGGCUGGAAAAAUCCUAUAACACCAGUGAACUUGUUGAUUUU